UAAACUGUCCUUUUCCCCAUCGCCUUACUCCAAGGGUAGGGGGGUGUGCAUAGGCAGACAAAAAACCUAUGCUUAAAACUUUCUUUUAUGAAAGUCCAUACUUUAUUCUUUUGUGUUUUUGAAAUCACAUUUUUGCGUGUUCAAAACGAGCACCUGCUUUUUUCCUCUACUUAUUUUCUGCAAUAUUAACGACAGCGUAACUCCAUACAAGAUGAUUGACACAGUCACAGGACGUGAAGUGCAGCCAUUUGCAGUUCAGCUAAAGGCACUCCUGGAUGUGGAGAGCCGUUACCAACCGAAGCUGAGCGGCUUGAGGCUCAUCGAGGGCUCCCAGGACAAUGGCCUCAGGAUGACCACCAGACUGAGGGAGCUGGAAGUGAAAGACCUGCUGUCUCUGACCAGAUUCUUUGGAUUCUGCUCAGAGACCUUCUCACUGGCCAUCAGCCUGCUGGAUCGUUUCCUCUCAGUAAUGAAGAUUCAACCGAAGCACCUGUCCUGUGUGGGCCUGUGCUGCUUUUACAUCGCGGUCAAAUCAUCAGAAGAGGAAAAGAACGUGCCUCUGGCCAACGACCUGAUUCGCAUCAGUCAGAACAAAUUCACAGUGUCGGACAUGAUAAGGAUGGAGAAGAUUAUCAUGGAGAAGCUCUUCUGGAAGGUGAAGGCCCCCACAGCUCUUCGCUUUCUCCGUCUGUUCCACAGCCACAUCCAGGAGCAACUUGAUGCAGAGAGCCAAACGAUUCUGAGUCUUGAGAGACUGGAGGCUCAGCUUAAAGCUUGUCACUGCUCAUUUGUCUUCUCCAAAAUAAAGCCGUCACUGCUCGCCAUAGCUCUGCUGUGUUUUGAGGCUCAGGAACAACACGACCCUGAGCACAACGACAAGAUAUCGGACGCCAUGACUGCUCUGCAGCAGCAACUGAACGUCAAGGAUGGAGAUCUGGUCUGUGUGCGGGAGUUGGUUGGCAAAUGCCUGAGUGACUACGCCAACACCAAAUGCUCCAAACCCAACAGCCAGAGACUUCGCUGGACCAUCUCGGGAAGAACGGCCCGUCAGCUGAAACACAGCUACUACAAAAUCGCUCAUCUGCCUACCAUCCCCGAGUCAGGCUGUUAAAAUUCAGAAGUAUAAUUGGAUGACCUUCAGUUAGGAAAACUAUAGGAACUGUCCCUACAAUUUUGUUGAUUAGAUGAGAUUUUUUUUUUUUUUGCAUGAAGGUCACUAUUACCCCCCACCUUCAAGUUAUUUUCUUUACAGACCUUCAUCUGCGAUGAUGAAUUUCUUUAAGGAAAAUAAACAACUUAUAAAGUUAAAAGUUUGGCAAGUAACAGAGCAGAAGUUUACCCCCUUUUUACUGCAGUGAAUUUUAUGCACAAGUGUAGAGUAUGUUCUUGUUUAAAUCCGUACCAAGGUAUUUGGUUUGUCCUGGAACGGGUUGCUGGUUUUAAGCUUAUAAGUAAUGAACCACCUAGGUCCUCAGUCCACCAUGUGGAAGAGGAGGGAGAAGGAUUUUGUGAACAUCAAAAAAUGGAACCAAGAAAUCGGGCCCAAAGUCCUUAACUCCUACCCUAGGUUGCUAAGCUGUACUGAAUGCACACUCCUACCCAAGGUGAUGACUUUUUUUUUUUAAACAUUAAUAAAGAGAUGGGGCUCUGGUUUACUCCAGUGAAGUGAGGCUCAUGACAAAUGUGUCAUACAUGGCUAUUAAUGCUGAAAUGUCAGAGGUUACAGAUGAGUUGUUUUUCCACUGACUCUCACUCAGUUGUUGUGGUCGAAAUGUGGAUUGGAACUUGUGCUGCAUUUUUCUUUUCCAGUUUCCCAAACUGUUGUCUUAGUUGAAUUUGGCCGACACCCAUCUGCUUAACUGAUGAACUUGUACCUUUCAAUAAAAUUAUUGAAAAGUUA